UUCCUUGGGUUUGUGUUGGGCUUUGAACCAGAGCUUUCUUACGGGGCCGAUGGACGCUGCUGUGGCCGCGCAAGAUGCUGCGAAGUUGGCAGGGCUGGUGAAGGAGCAGCUUGGCCCAACUGCUGCGCUAAAGUUACUCCAGGGGAGCGUCAAUGAGUUGACCAAAGAAGCUCCUUUAGUUGUGGCAGAGGUGCUUGUGAAGCUCCCUUCCAUCUCUGUGUCGAUGCCCAGGGGUCGCUAUGACCUCCUUCUCACCGAGAAGGGCCUGGUCUUCCAGGGCAAGACACCGCUUGGUCUGAUUCUUUGGGAGGAUGUGGUACAUCUCCUGAAGGUUCCGAAGCAGGAGAGCAAUCGAAAAGCUGGCGCACCCGCUAAGAUGUACUUGCUGGUGCUGGUCCUGUCGCAGCCUGUGGUGGUGGGCAAGCAAGAGCACAGAUGCAUUGUCCUCAACGCGAACGGCACGAAGGCGGCGCUGGCGCCAGCGCUGGAGCCUGGAGGCUCUGGCAGUCAGCGCCAUGCCAAGGUGGCGAAGGUCUUGGAGGCUCUCUCCGCGGAGGGCCAGGCUGAGCACGAGGUGCUCUCGCAAGUCCUGGAAGCUGGCAGGGGCAUUGAGAAGGUGGAGCCUGCUCCGUCCGUGUGUGCCCUUGAGGGCAUCCAAGCUUGGAAGGGUGUGGAGGAAGGCGUGCUUUACCCCCUUAGCGUGGGUCUCUGCUUCCUGCCAAAGCCUGCCAUCUUCAUGCCCGCGAAGGACAUCUUGCACGCGGAAGCAGGGUCUGGGCACGGGCCCCGCGGGGGGGACCUCAUCAUCCACCGCAUCAGCAACACCACGCCCCACAUCUUCUCCAACCUCGCAGGUGCAGAUGUGACGGCCUUGCUGGCCUACCUUUCCACCUUGGUGGCGCACCAUCAAUCCAACGGUGGAGGUGUCCCGAAGCACGUGUCUGGCGAGGACGACGAGGAGGCGGACCCAGACUACGAGGUCGAGGGAGACCAGCGCCCAGCUAAGAGGCGCGCGGUCACGAGGACGGCCAAACAAAAGCCGCUGCUGCCUCCGGGAAGACUCCUGUACUCAUGGAGGACUUGGAGCCACAGAGCUCCCGGCCCGUUGAGAAGGAUGAGCCGGAGGCAAAUAGCGAGGACGAGGAUGAUCCAGACUUUGCGGCCGAGGAGGAGGAGUCCGAGAUCGAAGAUGAUGAAGAUUUCGCCUUUGAUGUGAAUUGACACGCGAAUGAGUGUGAAAUACGCUCAGCGUGUGCCGUCGAUGUGAAUUGUCACUCGAAGUGUGAAAUACACGAGUGGCGUGAGAAAGGACGUGAAUGUCUAGUGAAAGGCGCGAGCAGACA